GUUGGGGGGGGGCGGGCGUUAAAUAUAGAGAUAGGCAAAAAUAUGCCCCGGCCUCUUUGAGAAAAAUAUUGUAACAUGAGGCCUUUUACACUAGAAGGCUCCCUAGCUCUAAAAGUAAUUGUACCUGUGAGGAAAAUUGAUUCAUUUUUCCACAUUUAGCUUUUUGAACACUUCAUUCUCAAUACUGUGCACUUUUACUUUGAAAUUUAGAUACUGUGGUUUUUUUAAAACUUUAAUCCAGAGCUAUUAAAACAUUAAUGCUAAAUAAUUCUGUUUGGUACUCUUGUGUGUGCAGAAAUUCAAUGCAAAUCUAGGAUAUCAGUAUUUCAUACUGCUAUACAGUUUUUAAACAAAACAGUGGCAUGUAGUUUUUCAAUACUUGACUUUUUCUCCUGUACUGUACCUUGUUAUUUUAAAUACACAAGUCUGCCCCAGUACUUUGUUCCAGUUGGUUGCCUUUAUUUACAUUUUCUAGCUAUUCCUUUUUCUCACCAACCCCACACUCCUUUGAAUGUUUUCAGUUAAUGCCAUUUUUUGCAAUGUCUGUCAUAAUCUUAAUAAAAUGUAUUUGCCAUUUCUCUCUUUAGUGCAUGCUUUCCCUUGAUCUAGGAUGUUGUUUUGUGCUAAUGAUCCUCAUGCUAUUUGUGCUAGGCCAUGGUAUGGAGGUGGGGGUAGAGCAUUUGCUUUGCAAGCGGAAGGUCCUAGGCUCAAUCUCCACAAUGGGCUGAGAGUAUCCCCUCUGAAAUCCUGGAGGGUUGCUGACAGUAUAGAUAGCGUAGCUGAGACAAUACUCAGCUAAAUGGACUGAUGGCAUGACUAUAUAAGACAACUCCCUAGGUUCCUAUUGAACCAAAUUGGGUCUGAAACGGAGAGUAUAGCUGUGAUUUAUUGUUAGUUUUCCAAAGAUGCUAAGUACAAUUAAUGAUUUUCUCAGGAAGCAAACCAUGAAUUUUCUGGAAUUCUUCAAAAUAUGUACUGAGUAAUGAACAAUUCAGUUUCCACUGCUGUUCAGUCCCAAGUAGCAAUCCAAUGGAUUUUGGUCUCUUCUCCCCACCCUCCAGGUUAUUUUGUAGUGUUCUCGUAUACACUGUAUGUGGGCUCAGCAACUUGGCCCGGCAGGCAGCUAUAUGCAGUAGGGGACAUGCUAUGCCGCUUCUAUCCCCAUCUAACCCUCUCACCCACUUCCCUCUUAAGCUGCAGCUGUGGAAAACCAAGCACACCGGACUCAACCCUAAUGGGCACAACCCAGGGACCCCUGAUCACCACGUGUGAACAAGAUGGCAGGAAUGAGUUGCAACUCCUGGAGCUGUGCAGGGAAGGACACAUUUUAGCACUAGAAUGUUUGCUUAGCACAUACUGGCUGGAUCCUGGGCAUCUCCAGGGACCGGCUACUGUCUGCAACCAUGGGGAGAUGCUACCAGUAACACUGAGCUCAAUGGACCAGUUGCCUGACACUCAAAAGUGACCAGACCUUCCUUCCUCUCCCUGCGCACAAGCCUACAAGAGAGCCGACAAAGCUGCCCCUCCACUUGCUCGCCGCCUCUUCCUGAGCCCUAUAGGAGAGUCAGUGUGAUGCAGCGUCGGAUCUGGGAGACCAGAGUUCAAAUCCCUGCUGGCCCAGGAAGCUCCCUGGAUGACGUUGCGGCGAGCGCUGCCAGUCAGGCUAAACUACCUGGCAGGGUGGUUGUGGGGAGAGGGAGAACCAAUGUCUGCCGCAUUGAGGCCCUUGGAGGGAAAGGUGGGGUGGAAGUGAAACGUGGAACAAAUACAAUGCAAGCCGGGCCUCGCUCUCUUCGAGAACCGCUGGUCCUUUGCGACCGUGCAGGGGCCUUAAAAUAAAAUUAACAGGCGGCGCGAGAGGCCUUUAUAACGGGUUCCCGAAGUGUCACGUGUCCUGCUCCGUCCGCUCUUUCGCCGCCUGCUCGCAUUCCCUUUUCGGUAGCGGAGCGCGGACGGGCAGCGCCUCACGGAGGCCGAAGUGACGUCGCAGUCGCUCGGCGGCGUGAGGGAGCCCAACAACCCCGCUCUCUGCCUGCUCCGCCGCCGCCGGCUCCUGACAUGCUGUUCCGCUUCGGGGUCGUCGUGCCCGCCCGGCUAGCCGAAGGCGGCACGGCGCUGUGCGUCUCGGGUUCCCGGCCCGAGCUGGGCCAGUGGGACCCCAAGCAGGCGCUGGCCAUGAAGCCCGCGCGGCCGCUGGCUCCCUUGCCUGCUCAGGAGCCGGUCCUGUGGCUCGCGGAGGCGGCGCUGCGCGAGGACGAGGCCGCGUGCACCUUCUGGUACAAAUUCCUCAGGCGGCACGAGACGGGGGACGCUGUCUGGGAAGGCAACGGGCCCCACCAUGAUCGAUGUAGUGUCUAUAACCCAAGCAAUUUGGUCGAUGGAGUUUACUGCCUCCCAAUAGGCCAUUGGAUUGAGGUUUCUGGCCAUACUGAUGAGAUGAAACAUACAACUGACUUCUAUUUUAAUAUUGCUGGACAUCAAGCUAUUCACUACUCCAGAAUUUUGCCAAAUAUAUGGUUAGGAAGUUGCCCUCGUCAAGUGGAGCAUGUGACCGUAAAGCUAAAACGAGAGUUGGGCAUUACAGCUGUAAUGAACUUCCAGACUGAAUGGGACGUUGUUCAGAAUUCCUGGGGAUGUAAUCGCUAUCCUGAACCUAUGAGUCCAGAAGUUCUCAUGAAGCUGUAUAAAGAAGAAGGCCUUGCUUAUGUCUGGAUGCCAACACCAGACAUGAGUACUGAAGGUAGAGUCCAAAUGUUGCCUCAGGCUGUCUGUCUCCUCCACGGGCUACUGGAGAACGGGCACAAUGUCUACGUUCAUUGCAAUGCAGGCGUUGGCAGGUCCACAGCUGCAGUCUGCGGCUGGUUAAAAUAUGUGCUAGGAUGGAACUUGAGGAAAGUGCAGUAUUUUGUGGCCUCCAGGAGAGCAGCUGUCUACAUCGAUGAAGAAGCUCUGGUGCGUGCCGAGGAGGAUUUCUUUCAGAAAUUUGGACCUCUUCGCUCUUCAUGCAAGCCUUAGCAAGAAAAAGAGGACGUCGCUAGAAGUGUUGCCAAACCCAAGCAUUUGAGGAAUUGUGAAACUGGCUCCAAAAACAGGAUCACUGCCUGAGGAAACGGUGGGAUGAUGGUGAUAACGGUGAAGAAGUCUUCUGAGUCUUAUCUUUCAUAUGUUGCUUUUUCUUUCUCUCUGGAACAAUUAAGCAAAAUGGCUUCGAUUCAGCCGAAUGUGUGUGCAGCAGUCAGGGCUAUGAUUGUGCAGCUUUGUUGGAAAAGGUGUAAUCACAUUGAUUAGCUGCUUGGCACAUUGAUUAGCUGUUUGGGGAGGGGAAGCCGCUGGAAUUAAAUCCAUCUUUCCUCCUUUCCUCCACAACACCACUGUAGAUUUUGUUACAGGUCUCCACAUACAGAGCCUGGGCAGCUGGACCAAGAGAGGAGCUGCAAGUUUAGAACUUGAUUGUGCAUUUAGUUCCAUAAUCCAGCUAAAGAUAAGCAUGUACCGGUAUGUCCCCUAGCUGGAUCAGGGCAAAAUUCCUCUAAACUUCCUAGCCAAUUGGAUACCCAUACAUAAGAUUCUUAUACAAUAUCAGGCAUGGGUGAAUGAUGCAAAGAAUUAAAAGAGAAACACUUGGGAUAGAAAGAAGACGGAAUGGAUCGGAACACAAGCUGUUACAAAGUAAAAAAUCAUUUCCUCCACACCUGGACAGUUUGGAUUAUUUGGUCAUAUCAAAGGGAGCCUUUAGCACAGUCUUUGGCAAAUAGAAGUUGUAAUGGAACAAAAUUUUAAAGAAAAAUAAAAAGUGGGGGUAUUACUCUUGUCUGCAUUGGCAUAUUUAUUUCUAAUGUAUGGGCAAACCUUUAUCUUACAAUGUGUAUAAUGUUUUUCGAUUUUAACUGAUUUUUAACAGGAAAAUAUUUAUAUGAUCUGAAGAAAAACCAGAGGAUAGAGAAGCCAGGAAUAUUGUUGGAAAUGAUUUCUUAAGGUCCUCAGGAAUGUCUCCUUUAUAUCUUUAUUUGAUCAUUUGCUUUUAUGUUUGGAUCAUUAUCUUGUAUUUUUGUGUAUUAAGCAUGUAUAAUGUGGUUUAUCAAUAAUUAAGUAAAAAGUAAAAUAAAUAAAAAAUAAACCUUUAAAGCUUAAGUUCUAAUCCACUUGGUAUAUUUCAAAUCCUGCAUAUGCAGGAUCCCACCUCUCACACUCACUAUUCUCUUAUAGGGCUAGUCUGCAUGUCACAACAGUUUUCUGAUGAUGACAUUUGCUGGAUUGGAACAACAGUGGCUACGGCUCUUCGUGUGUGAGGUCAGUAAUGGGUGUAGAAAGCUUAAUCAGAGAAAGGAAAGGGAUGAGAUUGAAAGAAAGAAAAAUACAAGGAAAUUAUAGGGAAAGACAGAAAAGUAAAAGAGAAAAGAAAGUGGAUCACUGCAGGCUCCUAAAAUUGACAGUUGCAUCUGUCAGUAUUCAGCCACACUUACACCUCCACCAAAAGCCAUAUAAAAUGAUAUGUGGCACAGUGGCAAGCUUAUCUAUAGCAUCCUACUUUGCUUUUGUUUGUUUCUAAACAUAUCUUCCAGUGUACCCA